CAAGCGGUUUAUGAGCCUCACACAGCUGGAAGGUAUUCAGUCAAGCAGUUUAGGAAGGCCCAGUGCCCAAUUGUGGAGAGGCUAACUAACUCUUUGAUGAUGCACGGGCGGAACAAUGGCAAGAAGCUGAUGGCGGUCCGCAUUGUCAAGCAUGCUAUGGAAAUAAUCCAUUUGCUAACUGACCUAAACCCUAUUCAAGUCAUUGUUGAUGCUGUGAUCAACAGUGGACCAAGAGAAGAUGCUACUCGAAUUGGUUCUGCUGGUGUCAUACGGCGUCAAGCUGUUGAUAUUUCCCCACUGAGGCGUGUUAACCAAGCAAUAUAUCUCCUUACAACAAGAGCUCGUGAAAGUGCAUUCAGAAACAUCAAGACCAUCGUUGGGUGCCUUGCUGAUGAACUCAUUAAUGCUGCCAAGAGGUCUUCCCACAGGUACAGAAGGGCUAGUUUUGGUUUUUUCAUAUAUUAUUAACAAGGACCGAGCUUU